GCUGGUGGCGACACGUAAACGAAAAAUCCCUAACUUGGCACACGCAACGCAGUAGGGGAAGUCCCUAGCUACGAUUAUCUUUACAAAACCUUUUAGUGUAAAAAGUCACAUUUUGAAUCCGAGAUGAUGGAUAUUGUGCGGCAGUUCGCCCCCAAUACUUGGGUGCUCUACCAAGGGAAUCAAAGUGACGUGUCUAUGUAUACUGAAGAAUAUAGGCAAGUCAUGUUCGAAGUUAGGAGUGCUACCCCAAACCAUGAAAGUCUUACAGCUAGACGAAUAAUACGAGUGCAAGAUUUGCAUUCGUUUGGGCAAUUUUUAAUACGAGAGCAACUGCUCAUUAAUUCUGAAGAUGACCAGUUAUACAGAGUGCGUCGGUAUUUUCAAGUAAGUCGGUCGUUUUUAGACGAAGUUAUUAAAUAUAAUGCAGAUCCUCGCCGGAUUGGAAUGGGCCAGAAGUUAACGUUUUCAAACAGAAUUGACUACUUCAGUUCAGAUAAAUUGAUUGUAGUGGUUAAAGUUCUAACCACGGAACCAAAUAAAGCUGAUUUGAGCCCAAGUACGUCAUGUGACUAUUACAUCGAAUAUAUUAUUGAAGUUCAGAAUUAGUUUUGUGUUUUAUCAAAAUUUAUAUUAUUCUUGUGAGUUUGAUAUUACUUAUUGCUGUGUAUUAAGUAUAAUUUUUGUGAUAAUCAUAAUAAAGUCGUGUUAUAUGUAAUGGUUCAAUUUAUUUUGAUGUUGCUGUACUUGCGCGCCCAUUAGGUAUCACCAUGGUGAUAGUUGACUAUCAAUGAGUCAUUCAAACCACGAAAUGGAGCAAGAUUUUCUGAAAAAAGAGGAAGAAUUUCGAAAAGAAAAUAAGCUUCUAGAGCUUAAAACAAAAGAACUGCUGCAAAAAGUAGACGACAUGAAAAAGAUGCAAGAUUUACAGCUUCGAGACUUCAAACCUGAAAUGCGUCGACUUGAAGCAAAAGAUUUGAAUUUGCCCAAGAGUGUAGACGAAAUGGGGACAAAAGGCAUGCUACACUUUUACAAAUCGAAAAUUAAGGCACUCAUGGAAGAUUUGGAAAAAACUCAAAAUGAACUGAAAAAUAAGAAUGAAGAACUGAAGAAGAUCCAGAAGAGCCACCAGACGUUAUCUGAAGAAAAAGAGAAGUGGUUUUUGCAAUACAACGUCGAAAAAAACACCAGCACAAAACUGGAAAAACAGAUUAUAGCUUCCAAUUCACGACUACAGUUAAAAGAAAGUGAGAACAUCUCUUUGAAAAAAGAACUUGAACAAUUGAAAACUGAGCUGAAAAACACUUGCAGCGAGCUCAGUGCUUCUGAAAGUCGGUUAAAACGAGCCCUGCAAGACGUCGAGAAACAGAAAAUUUCACUGAAAAACUUGCGACAGGAAGAAAAAGAAUCCAAAGACGAAUACCGGAAAAACCUGAAGGACCUGAACACCACUGUCAAACAAAUCCAGAAACACAAGAACGAAUUACUCCAAGGCUACAAAAAACAAAUCCAGUUGAUUGAUAACCUCAAAAGACAAAAGGCCCACGUCGAAUCCUGCAAAGUCCUAGAACUCGCGGAGUCCGAAUUCUUCAAACUGCUUGACUGGAAAAUAGAAUAAAACACUUACUUUAAUAUAAAACUUUUUAUACGUUAUAUAAAAAUAUAACAAAACGUCUAGAGUAAAUUCUCAUCAUUGAGAACAUAA